AUGCCAAUUUGUAAAAUAGGAAAAAGUAGGGGUUGUGAAUUUGAUAUGUAUUAUGAAAUACAUAGUGGUGGUAAUAAUAAUAAUAAUCAUAUAAAUAAUGAAACAGAUAGUAGAAAUUAUAAUAAAGAUAAUGGUAAAGAUAAAGUUGUAUUAGUAAUGGGAUUUUUAACACAAGGUAUUUUAUGGUAUAAGAAUUUAGAGGAAUUUACAAAAGAUGAAAAUUAUGAAUACUUAAUAUUUGAUAAUAGAGGUGUUGGUAGAAGUGGUAAUCCAACGACAUCAUAUAGUUCAAGCUCAAUGGCAACCGAUUUACUAGAGUUAAUGGAUCAUUUACAAUGGGAGAAAGCACAUGUUGUAGGUGUUAGCAUGGGUGGUAUGAUCUCGUUGGAAUUGGCUCAUUUAGCACCACAACGUAUGAAAUCAUUAGCAUUGGUAGUUACACAUGCAGGUAGUUUAGCACCAGCAAGAGGUGUAUGGGGUAUAACUCAAACUAUAUUCAUUAGAGAUCAUAGAAAGAGAGGCAGAGUGUUGGCCGCUAUUUUAUACUCUAAACCAUACCUAAUCAAACAGUCCUUAGUGGAUCCAACAAAAACAAAUUUAGAAAUGUUUGUCGAAAAGUAUUGUAAAGAUAUGGAAACUACUAAACCACCAGCAAUAUCUGCACUUUAUGGCCAUAUUAGGACUGUCAAUACUCACAAAGUGUCAAAAAAAAGAUUAUUAGAAAUUAAAGAGAAAAUAGGUGGUCCAAUUACAAUUAUCACAGGUACUCACGACGAUUUGGUUAGUCCAUCUGGUAGUCAUUAUUUAAAUUCAAUAUUAUCUCCAACAGAAUUUGUAGUUUUUCAAGGUAGUGGUCAUAGUGUAAAUAUUGAAAACUAUCAAGAAUUUCAUGACGCAAUCUCCAGAAAUUUUAAAAGAGUUGAAUUAAUUAAUAAUAUUCCAAUCACACCAAAAUUUGAAUAA